UGUCAUAAUCUGCUGCUGCUCUUCCCUUCCGACUCUCCUGCUGUCAGUCGGUACCCUCCCUUGCUUGCGCCGUCCGCCUUGUUUCCCUUCCCGGGCCUGUCUAUAAUUAAGCGCCCGCUGUCCCCAAGACAUGCGAACAGUCACCACCUUCAGAAUCGCGAAUACAGCUCCCAUCUUUCGGAGCGCAUACCCUUCUUCAGCCAAUCUUGGGUCGCCAUGUGUUUCCCUUUCUCUUUCGCCUCUCAGAAACCCAAACGCAACAAGUCCUCGCCGCCGCGCGACAAAAAGAGACGGGAUACACUGCCAUCGGAAUCUCUGCGCGGCGAUGGUAGGAGGGUUGUCGUAGAGGCCAGCGAGAAGCGCCCGCCAGCGGACUGGUCUAGGCCUAGAAAAUCAGUGGAUUCUCCAUAUCAAGAGUGGGAGGACUAUAUGCGCCGCCAGCAGUCGCAUCGCCCACGUGGAAAUGCGCAGAGGAGUCGAGUUCACUACGCUACGCCAUUGCAUGUAGACAUUCCUGAUGUCUGGCACCGAUCUGUUGCUCAUGAUAAUGCGGACUCAUCUGACGAAAUGCUUCGUCCACUGUUGAAUCCUCGUCCGCACAGAAGUCCGCAUCAUAGACAGAAGCAUGCGUCGCAAAAGACCCUGCGUGGCCAUGGAAAGCGCGUGACGUCGAAGAAAAGCUCCCAAGACAAAUCCGGCUCCGGAUGGCGGAACCCCUUUGCGCCGUCUUCCCCCGAAAAAGCAAAGAAGACGAGAAGAGGUGAUAGUCACCAUUAUCAACACAUGGAAUCCCCUCCACGCACCCACCGCUCGCAUCGUCAGCAAACCUCCUCCCAGUAUGACAAUGUUCCUGAGUCGUCUCGCUCGCAUCAACGGCGAAGUCGACCACGCCGCCACGCUCCAUCUGGUCGCCAAACAACUCCAAACACAUCUGCGCGCCGUGAUCCGGACAGGCGCUUUGCAGUUCUGGCCGCCACUAACAACGCUCUCGAAGAUCUCCGACGGGAAGCAUUUCAACAGCCAUCUCCGCCCCCACACAGAGAGAGGCUGCGAAGGUUCCAAGGUGUUACUAUCCCCGCAUCUAGCAUUCCUUAUAGUUGGGAUUGCGUUAGCUCCACGACUUCUAAUGGGUACGGGGAGCCAAGUUCAAGGAGUCCAAGAGGACGAUAG